GAUAAGCGUGUCUUUUAAACUUUAAAAUAGCAGUGGGGGGCGUGUGCGCUUUGGAGCGGCCAACAAGAGAUCAGGGGGAGGGAUAUACCAACAGAGCCCAUCUUCCUCCUGACCUCUGGAGAACGAUGGACGAGCCGCUUCCUUCUAAAUUUAGACACUUAUUCGUGUCUGUGCACUUUGAGCUCCAAACUGCAGCUCUCGUUUAUGUCAAUAGUUUAGGCCUAGUUCGGUCGAAACGAGGUGACAGACCCUCGCGGGUCUCCGUUGGCACUAUGAGCAGCUCGAUCUGACUGACGCGCACCAUCGCAGUACGGCACCUCUCAUGUUUACGAGACUCAGAAACAGACGUAAUGGCGCAGGGGAAUAAUGGUAAUUUCUUAACUAUCCCCUCACAAGAGGAGCUUUUCAAGACGGCGAGGGACGAGCGUUUCGAAAACAACAGUAAUGAUGAAGAUGAGGAAGAAACGGAGGAAGACGUCAGGCUAAUACCGAGGUCUUCUCCUGUUCCCAGAAAGCGAGGCUCUUCGAUUGCGGAUGAAACCGCCGAGUACAUGCGAAUUCGCCUGGUGUUACCGAACAGAAGAGUGUCGUUUGCAGACAGUACGGGAGCCGAGCUGGUCGAUGUCCGAAUGUUUGUCCCGUUUGAGUCAGAUGACGAGGACGAUUCAAGAUGGGUGGAAGAGGAGGCGCGGUACCGAAAAGCCUACCGUGAGCCCACUUACUGUGUGUGGCCGGAGUUCCAGCCGCUCACCGGAACGGAGCUCCUGCUCGCUGUCCACAGCAACAAGCUGGAAGUGGAGAGCGUGGCAUCUGUGCCAGACGAGCCUCUGUCAUUCGAGGUGCUUAUUCGUGUGCUCAACAUUUCUUUUCACAAAUCAGUCUAUGCCCGGUCCACGAUGGAUGGUUGGAUCAAUUACUUUGAUUACCCAGCCGAGUACGUCCAGGGCUCCAACGAAGGCGAAACGGACAAGUUCUCCGUGACACUGGCCUUCGCUUCACCGUACCUGUUCAACGGAGCGCGGAUUGAUUUUGUUGUGCGCUAUGAGACGCCAGAUGGAGAGUUUUGGGCAAACAACUCUGGCAGGAAUUACUCGGUAAGUCUCUUACAGUCAUAUGAGGACGACACAGUCCAGGCCACCACAGCGGACACAACAGAGCUGAGAGGAAUCCUCAAACCUCCCAGAUACCGAGCUGACAAUGGUUUUGAUGACUUUAAUGACAAAGGAGAUGCAGAUCUGAGCAGCACUAAGUGUGAAGCAGCAGAGAAUCAAGCGUCUUUUGCACAGCCAGUUAUAGUCCAGCCAGAGAUCGACAUCAAGUUUAUUCUUAUACCCAGGAUUCCUGUCUGUCACUAUUGCAACAAAUGCAGAGCUGUAGUGUUUUUCAGAGCAACCCAAGCCAGAUAACUCAAAAAUAUAAAAUUAAACUUUUAACUCAUUGAUUGCCUAUUGUCUAUUUAAAUAUAGAUUUUUAUUAUAAAGCCACUAUCUUAUAAUGUGGAUUUUCAUCAUACCUGCAUACUCACACAAUACAAUUCGCUUGUUAAAAUUUCCACCCAACAUCUCACUGUCCAGAUAACCACUUGCUUGUGGCUAUUUGCAGUGUGUCGAUUUGCAGUUGUUUAAAGUAACUGAACCUGGUAUUUACAACAAUAGCAUCACCAUCUCAGUAUGUGGUCUGUGGUCAACCCUUUACAAUAAAUUGAUAAGACACAUUAUUUCUUUACC